AGAGUGAGAGGGAGAAUUGGAAUUUGAGUGAUAGAAAGCAGGAGAAUUGGAGAGGGAGAGAGAGUGAGAGGGAGAAUUGGAAUUUGAGUGAUAGAAAGCAGGAGAAUUGGAGAGAGAGAGAACUGUAAUGCCCUCAAAACGCUGCAUCUCUGAGCCCUGAAAACAGUUUGAAACCCCGAAUGGCUCAAGCCGAGAAUCCCACUUCAAUAGCCGAAGUCCUACGCCGAGCCGCCGAGCAAGCGGACCUCCACUACAUUGAACUCACCAUCGAGCAAGAAGGCAGCCCGACCCAUGCCGCAUACAAACCCGAGUCUCCCCUCUUAGUGGAAUCACUCUCGGGUCAAGCCAAGCCCAAGUCGAAGCCGAUCUCUCAAGAAUUGAAGCAAUAUUCUCAAGAGCUCAAGCAAUACUCCCAAGAGCUGAAAGCCGAGUUCAAGCGGAUAACUCAGAGCGCGAGCGCGAAGCUCGGCUCCAAAAUCGUCGGUGUGAAGCGGCUGAGCCGACAAAAAUCGGGAGCCGAAGGGGCAUUGCACGGCCUGAGAUUUAUCAGCAAGGCGACGGAGGACUCGGAUUUUAAGACGCUCUGGGAAUCAGCGGCGGCUCGGUUCGAUCGGCUCGCUUCUGCAGAUGGCUUGCUCUCGCGCUCNGAUUUCGGCAAUUGUAUAGGUAUGAAGGACUCGAAAGAGUUUGCAGGGCAGAUAUUCGAUGCUCUAGUGAGACGAAGGGGCACACACUCUGAUGCCAUUGACAAACACCAACUCCAUGAAUUUUGCCAGCAGAUAUCAGAUCAAAGCUUUGACGCACGACUCAAAAUAUUCUUCGAAAUGUGCGAUAAGAACGCCGAUGGGAUGAUAUCGGAGGAGGAGGUGAGAGAAAUAAUAAUGCUUACUGCUUCAGUGAACCAGCUCUCCAAGCUAGAGGAAAAGGCCCAAGAAUAUGCCGCCCUCAUCAUGGAAGAACUCGAUCCUAAUAACCGUGGCUACAUUGAGCUAUCACUACUCGAAGAGCUUCUGCGAGCACCAAGUUCUUGUGACGGGUACACAGGUUACAGCCAAAACCUUAGCCAAGCCUUGAGCUCUGUUUCAAAGAGGAGCCGCAUACGAAAGCUCUCACAAGAGGCCAAGUACUUCCUUGAUGAAAACUGGAAGAGAGCUUGGGUUGUGGCUCUAUGGGUGACUGUAAUGGCUGGGCUUUUUGCUUGGAAAUUCUUGCAAUAUAGGCAAAGGAAGGCUUUCAUGGUGAUGGGGUAUUGCCUGUGCAUGUCUAAGGGUGGAGCUGAGACCCUAAAGCUUAACAUGGCGCUUGUCUUGCUACCGGUUUGUCGAAACAUGAUCACAUGGUUGCGAUCGACUGGCUUGGCAGCGAUAAUUCCUUUCGAUGACAAUAUCAAUUUUCACAAGACCAUUGCAGGAGGCAUCGCCAUGGGGGUCCUCGUGCAUGUGCUUAGCCAUCUACUAUGUGAUUUUCCGAGGCUCACCCAUGCAAAUGAACAUGACUAUGAGGAAUAUCUCCAAAUGUAUUUUGGGAACAAAAGGCCUACUUACGUUGACCUUUUGAAGGGUGUGGUCGGAGUAACAGGGAUAGCCAUGGUCAUUUUGAUGGCUGUUGCCUUCUUAUUAGCUACCUCGUGGUUUAGGAGGAAGUCGAUUAGGCUUCCGUGGCCGUUGGAUCGAGUCACCGGCUUCAAUGCCUUUUGGUAUUCGCACCAUUCAUUUGCCAUUGUCUAUGUGUUGCUCAUCGUUCACUCAUGGUUCCUCUACCUUAACAAGGAAUGGAGGCAAAAGACGACAUGGAUGUACAUUGCUGUCCCAAUAAUUCUAUAUUGUGGUGAGAGAAUUUUGAGAGCACUUCGGGCUGGAAGAUACACUGUUGAUAUCCUUAAGGCUGCAAUUUAUCCUGGAAAUGUUCUUGCACUGCACAUGACGAAACCACGUAGAUUCAAAUACAAGAGUGGGAUGUACAUUUUCUUGCAGUGUCCUCAGAUUUCAACCUUCCAAUGGCAUCCAUUUUCAAUCACUUCUGCUCCCGAUGAUGAACACAUAAGUGUGCAUAUUAGAACAAGUGGGGAUUGGACACAAGAGAUGAGAAGAUUGUUUUCUGAGAAAAUGAGGCCGCCUCCUAUUGGCAUGAGUGGACUUCUGAGAGCUGACAACCGCUGCUGUGAUGAAAGAGCAAAAUCGAAGUUGCCAGAAUUGAGAAUUGAUGGGCCAUAUGGAGCUCCUGCACAAAAUCAUAAAAAUUACGAUGUCCUUAUGCUAAUUGGUAUUGGGAUUGGUGCAACUCCAUUCAUAAGCAUACUUAAGGACAUGCUUAACCACAUGAAGUUCCAAGAGCGAAAGGAGAGUAUGUCCUGUGCUAAAAUUGACACCUUGAGGAAUCUUUUAGAUCUUGAACAAGAAUUUCAAGGGUGGAGUCGAGACUUUCAGGCAAAGAAGAGAAAGAGGGAACGUGAUGGGCCCACACGUGCAUUUUUCUACUGGGUAACGAGGGAACAAGGGUCAUUCGAGUGGUUUAAGGGAGUGAUGAAUGAAAUUGCCGAGAUAGAUCACAAUGCCGUGAUUGAGAUGCAUAACUAUCUCACCAGUGUAUAUGAGGAGGGUGAUGCGCGAUCUGCCUUGAUAACCAUGUUGCAAGAACUUAAUCAUGCUAAGAAUGGCCUCGAUAUAGUGUCAGGAACAAGAGUUAAGACACACUUUGCUCGGCCGAACUGGAAGGGGGUUUUUUCCAAGGUUGCUUCGAAGAACAAAGAUGCUCGGAUCGGGGUUUUCUACUGUGGACCUCUAAUUCUAGCCAAGGAGUUGAAAGCCCUCACCCAUGAGUUCAAUCAUAGGAUGAAUACAAAGUUUGAAUUCCACAAAGAAAAUUUCUAGAACAACUGAGUUGUAUACCUUGUAUCAUAAUCACUUUGUCGAAAGGACAAUCUCUCUCUGCUGUAUAUACUAAGGGAAAAUAUGCUAGCACCCAACCUCAGUAGGAAAAAGAAAAGAAAAGAAAAGAAAAAAUACAAUCUUAAGGCAAAAUCAGCAUUUUGAAAUUGAAAAGAAAUGUCAUUGAUUUUUUAAACAUAUCUCUUAAAUUGAGACGGGAAAGCAAUUUGCAAGUAAUUGAUAACAGAUGUGCUAGUUAAAUUGAU